UUUAAACAGUGCCAAAAAAUUGUUUAACUUGUUUAGUGAUUCUACAACAUUUUACUUCUUACUGAAAGGAUUGACUUCCGAGUGAAACCUUAAAACAACGAGUGAAUAACAUCGACAUUAAAAACAUGUGAAGUGAUAUUAACGCCGGCCAAAUGGACGUGGAUUAAAUGAAUUACUUUCCCAUAUUGACUGCAGCUCAAUAUAUUGACAUGGAUGCUUCAUGGAACAGCAACAGAAAUGAAAAUAUAUCAUAACCUCAUCUUCAUCCGAGUGAACACUAAGUUUAGUGCAAAAUCCUCAUGUUACCGCAGUUUUCACUUCUCAAUUUUAUAUAUGUAAUAAAUCAGCAAUGACUUCCGUCAAAACGAUUCUUCGACAUGGCUAUCAAUUCCGAGAUACUAUAUUUACACAACGAAAACACUCUAUUACAUUUAUCAAUGGAAAAAUAUUCUCUCAGUGAAUCGAAUCUGGCAUGUGACCGAUGGAAAAUAUGGAGGAAGCUUGUGGAGUCAUGAGCAAUAAUUCUGAUGCGAUGGCUCCUGCCGUAAUUCCACAAAAAUAUGAUGCUAAUGUAGAUUAUGUUAUCAACGAAUAUAUGGAAAGACUAGGAACUCGUCUUAAUAUUCUAGAAACUGAGCUAAAAUACGCUUGGAGAGCUCUAGAUCUUCUAUCACAGGAGUAUUUGAAAAUGUGGGAACGUUUAGAAAAAUUGGAAAGUUUACUUUAUGAACAACAAAGCGUCAUAUCACAGUUAUUAGAUUUUUAUACUUCGGGUGGAAUUUCAACAGUUCAGACAGCUGCCGCAUCUUUAGAAGGAAAACUAGGAGAAUUAGAGGUAAUUCGUGAAAUUUUGGGUAACGGUGCUGUAGAAGAUGGAUUAGAAGAAGGACUUGAUGUUACAAGAUCUCACGGUCAACAAUCGGACGUUCAACAACUGAAUAUGGAUACUGGAAUAGACGAAAUGCACGUACCUGAUGAAGCUUUUUAUAAAAGCCUCAACCAAGCCUAUCGGGAAGAUUUGGUAGGUGACGACCCCACUUAUAGAAUCAGUCAAUUGGGAAUGAUUUGGGAAGAAAGAGAAGAUAGCAGUGAAAAUGGUGACAGGAAACCAAUAAAUACCUCAAACAGGCUAGAUGAGAAUGAAGAAAUUUAUUCGGCACUGGAUUAUAAAGACUACAGAGGCAAUUCUCCUUGCAUAAGUGACCAAGACCUAGCUCAAUUAACUAAAAUAGACUCAAUAGAUCAUCUGGCUAUUGAAAAAUUAGAUGAAUUGGAUCGCCUUAGUAGUAAGUUACAUCAAGAUUCUGUUAAUAUUAAACAAUUGAGAAAAAAGCUAAUGGAAUCACCAAUUUCAAUUAAUGAAAUUGAAGAAGAACAAAUCGAUGUUAAAGAAGCAGAGGAUUUAUCCAAUAUUGACGAAGCACUUCAGCAAAUGUAUCCGGAUGAUCAAUGGAGUUUCUCAAGUGGAGCGAAAGAUAAAAAUGAGUUUCUUUUGCUAGCAAAAUCUGACUUACCCACUCUACUCGCAAACGUUUCAUACCCAUCUAAAUCUAGUUCAAGGUUUUCUUUAUCAGAUGCCGAUAAGGAGGUAGCUGAAACGUUGGGAACUGAAUCAAGAAGUCCCACGUCACCCAGAAGGAGGCAAUUAGAUGCCAGCACAACUAGCGAUCCUUUCAUUACAGUUACUGGGAGAUUAGCCUACAGUGCUGCUGUGCAACAUGCGGAACAAAUAGAAGCAGCAGUAGCUGCUGCUAUAGCAGCUCAAAAUCCCAAGAAUCCAUUUUGUUGUAUGAGUCCAGUCUUGAAUUUAUUGUUGCCUGCAACAUAUGAAACUGUAUCAUCAACACCGAAUGUGUAUAAUGUCAGAUCGGAAAAAACUGCAUCUCCCACACUUUCCGUAUGUAGUAUCAGGACAAGACAAGACGGUUACGUAGAACCAAAUGAGUCUUCUACUGUUACUCAAAAUCACAGUCCCCCACCUCCUCCAGCACCGGACGUCACGGAAGAUUUUUUAAAUUUGAAGAAAGCAGCAAGCUCUUCAAACGUUUUUCUUGAAGCAUCUACUGCCCUGAUUAAUCCAAAUGAGAGACUCAGUCCAAAACCUCCUUACUCCCCAAAAUCUACAAAAUCUUCACCUAGAAGGAAUAAAUCACAUUCUCUAGCUGCUGCGAAAUCUGAUUCAGGAUUAUCAUCAAUGAGUGGUUGGUCUAGUUUGGAGAAAUCACCUGGAUCACCAAAAAAUUCGAGAUCUAAUUCUUACGCCGAAGGAAAACAUGGUAAUUGUAGAAUGAUUUCUCCUGUUUAUAAUCAAUAUGGUCCUAUACCCAGUGGUUCUAAGCACUACACCGAAUCAUCCUUGGAUAGUAAAUUGCCAGAUCCUUCGAAUUUUUUACCUGGAGGUCAUCAUCUCUCUGCAUUCACUACUGUUAAGUCACCUUCAGGUCUAGAUAGCGCAGAUGGUUAUGGAAACUUCGUUCCAGCUCCGGCUCCUGCUUCGGACAUAAAUGUAAGCCCCAAUAGGAAAAAAGAUAAAGUGUGCGCUAUAACUAGCGAAGAAAGAGUUUCCACCGUCUCUAUGUAUCGAUAUGAUCAACCUGCUAUUUAUUCCGUGGCUGGUAGUAAUCGUGACUCGUAUACUUCUGUAUAUACAGGUAAUAGUGGUGAUUACAGUUGCCAAACAAACUAUCCAGAUCUGGUCGAGCCUUAUGAAAACAACGAAUUUUUCAAUCCCACAAAAAAUUAUCAUCCUCCAGUAUCGUACAUGCCUUAUUCUGAAGCUAAUGUUAAUUCUCCAAGGCAUAAAUCAUCUACGGGGAGAGAUACUGAGGAUUUCUCAAAUCAUGAGGGAUAUAAAACCGCUAUGUACAGAACUAUGUUUCCUUCUGGUAAUAUUACAGAUGCCUUGUCUUACUACCCAACAUCAUCAAGAACAGAUAACCAAUAUGAAGAUCAGGAAGCAUGGAUAGGAUAUGAUCAAAAUGAUAUACGAGAUACUACCGAUACUACACAUUCUCCGAAUGUAGAUAGAAAUCGCUCAUAUCAAUCUCAACCUACAGCCUAUGAGCUUCAACUACGCGAACAGCAGAAACAGUGGAAUCAGAGACAAGAAAUACCUUUCCUGGAUUUAGAUCUAAGAAAUAAAAAUUUACCUGAAUACGUAGUUCAAACACAACAUGGGCAAAAUUUGUUCUACGAUACCAGUGGAAUAAUUAUGACACAAUCAGGAUACAUUACAAUUUCUUCCGGUACAGAUACAAGACCGCAUGUGACAGAGACUACCAAAAAAGUUAAAAGAGCGAACACGUUCAAGUCUGCAAUGAGCUCAGUUUCCCAAUGGUUACCAAAUCUAAACGUUAGUAAACGGAGUAGAUCCCAUUCCCUACCUGGUAUAAAACGAGAUACAAUUAGAACCUCUUUGAACAAAAAGAAAAAGAAAAGCGGGAUCGUGUCGACCGUUUCUGAUAUCAUCCAAAAGGCAAAACGUAGGAGUAGUUUAUCACAACAAUAUUCUUCCUAUUCAGAUAGUGAACAGUCGGAGAAUGAAUGGUCCACAGAUAAAUCAAGAUCCCUAUGUUCGGAGGAUGAAAAAAGUGAAGAUGGUGCUAGUGUUUUCAAUGAUAGUAAUGUUGAUACUGACAAUGAUUUUCCCAAUAGCAAUGAAAGUGGUAAAUCGAGGAAAUACAAACAACAUUCCGUAGAAUUCACUCUACAGCCUUUAUUUGAAACUGAUACUCCCGGAAGUGACGACAGUAAGAUGAAAAAUAUCGCAGAAGAUAAUGAAGGUAAUUUUAUUAACAACACUUCCAUGCCUUACGUGCCCAGAAAUAAUUCUACAUCCGCUGAAAAUGAAGAUCUCAUUGUAAAAGAAAGCAAGAUGAUUGUUGUCGUAGGAGGAGGUACCGCUUCUAUGGAAUUUGCAGUUUCGAGGGCUCUAGGAAGAUAUAGACAGAGACAGUCGAAUUCAUUUUCUGAUGAUCCCGUGAUCAAUGAAGAGGAUGAAAUUAUUAUUGAAGAUAUAACUGAAGAGACUGAUAAUCAAUCGGAAUCCAUUCCUCAAAUGGAUAAAAUACUUCCGGAGCAGAAAUCGACAGAUAGUCAAACAAGUUCAGAUAAUAAUAAACCGACCGUUAUUGAUUUGUCUGAAGAACCUGUAUCAGAAGAUAGUCCAUCAACGAUAAGUAUUAAAUCUCAUACUAAUCGUUUUUUACCGAAGCAACAACAAAGUCUCGAGAUACCAGGCUGCAGAGACGAUGACGACGCAAAAAGUACACAUUCGUGGAGAAGCACAUCUAGAGUAUCCUCACGAAGACAAAGCACUGAAGAUAGUAUAGACAGUGAAGAUGAAUGGUACUGCUAUGAACUACGAAAACUAGAAGAACUUGAACGACAGAAUCAUUUAGAAAUCGAAAUGGGUACUACAUUGAUCGAAGAACCGGAACCAAGUGAUGAUGAUCAAUUAGAACCAGAUGAAGAAGUCAAAGAGAAAAUGAACUUUGUACUGAGAGAGCUGCGAAUGACGGCAAAAGUAGCAGAAGGUGUAUUGAAUGAAAAAGAGAAUAAUUUACUUACUUUACAAGAGUUCAAAAAGAAAGAGAAUCACGAAAAACGAUCUUCUUUCCAACUAGACAAUGCGGCAUCUUUAUUCGAAAAAAUUAAAAACUACCAUCACGAAGAGGAAGAACUUCGUAUUGAGAGAAAAUUGGAUAGAUUAGAAGUGCAAAGCCCACAUGAAAAAGACGAUCAUUCCUCUGGUGCUACUUCCGGACCUGAUAGUCCUCAUAGCACCGACGAGUAUGAUGAAGCAGAGAUGGCUAUUAAUGACGAAUUUGCUUUGUGCCAUGUCAACAAAGAGAAACAAGAAGAGGAAAAUAAAAAAUUGGAAUUAAUUGGAAGUGAACAACUUAAAGAAGACUCAACUGCUGUACCUUCGAUUAAAUUGGACAGCUGCACUCCUGCAAAAGAAGAUAAAGAAGGUGUUCAAAUGGGAAGCAGAUGGAAAUUAUUGAAGACGUUAAAAGAAAGAAAAGCGGAGGAAAAGAAUCAUCAAGGCAAGUCUCCAACACAACCCUCAGUUGAAAUCAAAAAGGAGUCUGGAAUCAGAGGAGAUCAAUCUCGUGCAAAUGGACAUCCAGGUGACAAUCCGUUUUACAGCAACAUUGACAGUAUGCCGGACAUUCGACCAAUUCGGAGAAAGUCCAUUCCCUUGGUAUCUGAUUUGACUAUGGCUGCUACAAAAAGAAACGCCGGACUGACGUCUGCAGUGCCGAGGGCUACUUUGAACGACGAAGAACUGAAAAUGCACGUUUACAAGAAAACUCUCCAGGCUCUUAUCUACCCCAUUAGCAGCACGACACCCCAUAAUUUCGUUCCAUGGACGGCGACGUCACCGACCUAUUGUUACGAAUGCGAGGGACUUCUAUGGGGUAUCGCGCGACAAGGCGUCAGAUGUACGGAGUGCGGUGUCAAAUGUCACGAAAAAUGCAAAGAUUUGUUAAAUGCCGAUUGCCUUCAAAGAGCCGCUGAGAAAAGUUCGAAACACGGAGCGGAAGAUAAAGCCAACAGCAUUAUUACAGCCAUGAAAGACAGAAUGAAACAGCGGGAGAGAGAAAAACCAGAAAUUUUCGAGCUGAUUCGGGACGUAUUUGGUGUGGAAGAAAAGAAUCACGCAGGUCACAUGAAGGCUGUCAAUCAAUCAGUUUUGGAUGGAACGUCAAAAUGGUCUGCAAAAAUUAACAUUACAGUUAAAUCAGCACAAGGGUUGAUAGCUAAAGACAAAAGUGGAACUUCGGAUCCAUACGUCACAGUUCAAGUAGGAAAAGUGAAAAAACGCACAAGAACUAUGCCUCAAGAGCUAAAUCCUGUUUGGGAUGAAAAGUUUUAUUUUGAAUGCCACAAUUCUUCUGAUAGAAUCAAAGUCAGAGUUUGGGAUGAAGAUAAUGAUUUGAAGAGUAAGUUAAGACAAAAACUAACAAGAGAAUCGGAUGAUUUCUUAGGUCAAACCAUUAUCGAAGUACGCACAUUAUCAGGUGAAAUGGAUGUAUGGUACAAUUUAGAGAAACGAACAGAUAAAUCGGCUGUAUCUGGUGCUAUUCGCCUUCACAUAUCUGUAGAGAUAAAAGGAGAAGAAAAGGUGGCGCCUUAUCACGUUCAGUACACCUGUCUUCACGAAAACCUCUUUCAUUAUUUGUGUGAACAGAAUAAUGGAGUAGUCACUUUGCCAGAAAAUAAAGGAGACGAUGCUUGGAAAGUUUAUUUUCACGAUGCGGCCGAGGAAAUUGUCGACGAGUUCGCGAUGCGAUAUGGGAUAGAGCUAAUUUAUCAAGCUAUGACUCAUUUCCACUGCCUUUCUACUAAAUAUUUAUGCCCAGGAGUACCAGCUGUCAUGAGUACCUUACUAGCAAAUAUCAAUGCAUACUACGCACACACUACAGCAUUAUCAGCUGUAUCAGCCAGUGAUAGGUUCGCUGCAUCCAAUUUUGGCAAAGAAAAAUUUGUCAAAUUGCUCGAUCAACUGCACAACUCGUUACGUAUAGAUCUCUCGAUGUACCGAAACAACUUCCCAGCUUCCAGUGUCGACAAAUUGAAAGAUUUAAAAUCAACUGUAGAUCUUCUCACCAGCAUCACAUUUUUUCGUAUGAAAGUACAAGAAUUAGCUUGUCCACCACGUGCUUCAACAGUAGUAAAAGAUUGUGUGAAAGCGUGUUUACGAUCGACGUAUCAAUUUUUGUUUGAAAAUACUUAUGAGCUGUACAAUAGAGAAUUCCAAGCAGAUCCCAAUGAACCAAAAAGAGAUCCAGAUGAUCACGGACCUCGACUUGAAAGCGUUGAUUUUUGGCAUAAACUUAUAGCACUAAUUGUAUCGGUGAUUGAAGAAGAUAAAAAUAGUUAUGGACCUGUGCUCAAUCAAUUUCCACAAGAAUUAAAUAUUGGACAGUUAUCUGCCGCAACAAUGUGGAGUCUUUUCGCCGUUGAUAUGAAAUAUGCCUUGGAAGAACACGAGCAACAUAGAUUAUGUAAAUCUUCAGCAUAUAUGAAUCUGCAUUUCAAAGUGAAAUGGUUGUAUUCAAAUUAUGUGAAAGAUGUGCCGCCAUACAAAGGUGCUGUACCGGAGUAUCCAGCUUGGUUCGAACCAUUCGUCAUGCAGUGGUUAAAUGAGAAUGAUGAUGUAUCUUUAGAGUAUUUACAUGGUGCCUUCAAUAGAGACAAAAAAGAUUGUUUUCAGAAGAGUAGUGAACAUGCGCUCUUCUCAAACUCGGUAGUAGACGUUUUCACACAACUUACACAGUGCUUCGACGUCGUAUCUAAAUUAGAAUGUCCAGAUCCGGAAAUAUGGAAGAGAUACAUGAAGAGAUUUGCGAAAACAAUAGUAAAAGUAUUAAUAGCGUACGCAGAUAUAGUGAAGAAAGAAUUCCCUGAACAUUUAAAAGAAGAAAGAAUAGCAUGCAUUUUAAUGAACAAUAUUCAACAAUUGCGGGUACAAUUAGAAAAAAUGUUUGAAUCUAUGGGUGGUGACAAACUAGAAGAAGAUGCUGCUAAUAUACUUAAAGAGCUGCAGCAAACUCUGAAUGGGAGUCUGGAUGAAUUAGCACAACAAUUUGCUUGCAGUUUAGAGCACAGAAUAACAGUGAGCGUUAAGGAACUGGCUGAUCUUCUACUCGCUAUCAAAGGUGGAGGACAACCUGGUCAAUUAAAUCAACCAGCACAAAGAAACGCAGUUGCUGUUGAAGCAGACGAGGUUUUGAGGCCUCUCAUGGAUUUAUUAGAUGGUUCUCUAUCAUUAUACGCUCAAUCCUGUGAAAAAACUGUUCUUAAGAGGCUGCUGAAGGAGUUGUGGAAAAUUGUUAUGAGAAUAUUGGAGAAGACUGUGGUGUUACCUCCAAUGACGGAUAAGACGAUGAUGUUCAAAAGUUUAACAGACAAUGCCAAGAAUUUGGCGGCGAACACGAAGAUCGAAGAUAUGUCCAAACUUUUCAAGAAUCAUAUGACUGGAAAGCAAGAUGUCAAAAAUGCUCUCAGCGGAGUCAUGGACAUAUCAAAAGAAGUAGAAAAGAAUUUAUCUCCAAAGCAAUGUGCUGUACUUGACGUAGCCUUGGAUACUAUUAAGCAAUACUUCCAUGCUGGUGGAAAUGGACUGAAAAAAGCCUUCUUAGACAAGAGUCCGGAGUUACAAAGUCUCCGGUAUGCUUUGUCGUUGUAUACGCAAACAACUGAUACGCUUAUCAAGACCUUUGUUACUACGCAAAUUAAUGAAGUGCCGCUAAACAAUAAACACACGAUGCUGCAAAGACAACUCUCUUUACGAGACGAGUCUGAAACAGAAUCUGGACUAGAAGCACUAGAGGAACCUUUGAAAGCUAAAAAGAGAAAGGGAAGCGAAAACCAGCAAGAUAAUAUCGAUGGUAUAGAAAGUAGUGUUGGUGAAGUUUCGAUUCAAGUGGAUCUUUUCACACAUCCUGGAACUGGAGAGCAUAAAGUUACAGUUAAAGUUGUAGCUGCUAACGAUCUGAAAUGGAACCUUGUAUCUGGUAUGUUCCGACCAUUUGUCGAAAUUAAUCUCAUAGGACCACACUUAGCUGACAAGAAGAGGAAACACGCGACUAAAUCUAAAGCUAACAAUUGGUCACCCAAAUAUAAUGAAACCUUCCAUUUUAUCAUUGGAAAUGAAGAACAGUUGGACUGCUUCGAAUUGCAUAUUUGUGUUAAAGACUACUAUUUCGCAAGAGAGGAUAGACUGGUUGGUGUGGCUGUUAUGCAACUCAAAGACAUUGUAGAAAAAGGCUCGUGUGCGUGUUGGCUGUCAUUGGGAAAAAGAAUCCAAAUGGAUGAAACCGGCUGGACUAUUUUAAGAAUUUUAUCUCAACGCACAAACGACGAAGUAGCUAAAGAAUUUGUCAAACUUAAAUCAGACAUUCGACAAGAAAAUCCUCUUCCAAACCAGUAAACUGAAAAUUUAGUAACACCGAUAAAACUGUGUUUGUUUAAAAACAGUGUGUUCAUACCCAAAAGUGUAUAGAAAUAUAUAUGGACCGUCCUUAAGUGAACUCCACGCAGUGUAGGCUAUUUUCCAGAUAUUUCUAGAUGUUUUUUAAGGAUAUAUUUUAUACAAUAACCAUUAAAAACAAUUUUCUUUUUCUAGACAAUUCAUUUGGUUGAAGGCUGAAGGAUAAAUUGAAGCAAUAUUCACAUAAUGUUCCAAAAUUUUCUUACAUUCACAAGUUUUAAAAUAGAAAAUCAUCUGAAGAAGUCUAAACGUAAAUAGACUUGAGGGAUCAAUUGCUUAAAUUUUUUUCAAAUGAACAUAUUUUAUUUUUCUUUAAUUACUCUAUUACGAAACAAAAUAAAACAUUGUAUACUUUUCAGUGGUUAUAUAAAAACAAAAAUGGUUUGUAUAAAAAGUAUCCUUAUUAAUAACAUUUGUAUAUGUGCGAAAAGCCUAAACUGGAAAUGCUUAUAACUACAUUCUAAUUUAACAAUAUUCAAUGUGCCUCCCAACUUGUACAUUCAACAAUAAUUAAAACAAACUUUACUUAAGCCAGUACAUAAACGUGUAUCAUCCUAUUUCAUUAUCAUACUAAGAAAUUGUAAAAAGUUCGCAAUAAGGAGCAUAAUUUUGACAUUUUUCUCAUUAAAGAAUCGUCAUCACUAAUCAACAGUUCAGCAGUUGAAAAUCGGAUAUUAGUGCAUUUGAAUAGAAACAACCAUAUAUGAUUUUUAAAAUUAGAUUUUUUCAAAAUUAAAAAAUUUAUACUAUUUAAAACUGCUGAGUAAUUUCUAUUUUUUUAGCACGUUCAAGAUAACUUAAUCCCUGAUAUAUUUCCAAUGUGCUUAAUUUUUUCUCAUUCUUUUAAUGUGUUUUCUAGCGUUCUUAUCAAAAAUCAUUUUUUGUUAUAUAUCUAGAGCUUUUACCCUACCUAUUCUUGUUAGGUUUAUAUAAAGUGGACUGAAAAGUUCGUAGGCUGACACGUGAUAUUAAAUCCAUAUGACUUUCGAAGCGAAAUGACCACCGAGGACGAUGCACGCCCAUAAAAGAAAGCCACCAACGAAAACAUCCAAAAAGUUCACAAAACAAUGUCAGAUACCCGUAAAUUGAAGAUGAUUGAGAUAGCUAGGACCUUAAAGAUAUCCAAGAAACAAAAGUGGAUGCCGCGCGAGCUCACUAUCGACCAAAUCAAUAACUAAUUGAUGAUUCUAAACAGUUUUUGGAACUGAUUAAUUUCACAUUAUACUCCAAUCGACAUCAGCCCAGUUGACUGCAAGUGAUUAUCUUAAAAAGAUAAAAACCAUAAAUAAAGAAUAAAGUCAACAAGAGAAUGCAUCGUGUCACCAAUCGAUAAAAAUCACGGCAAACAUUUUAUGAAUUGGGCUUCGAAUUGCUUUCUGAUCCACUGUAUUCUACCGAUCUCACCUCCCGUGACAUGUUUCUCUUCUUGGACAUCAAAAGGAUACUUGUUGGAGAGAAAUGUCGUGUUGAUGAAGAGGUUAUCGCUUGAACUGAAUCCUAUUUUUACUGAUAUUGAUUUCUAUAUAAUACUGUUGGUUAUUGGUGAACAAUUCAUCUUACAAAUAUAUACUUAUAUAUACACUGUGUCCAAUUAAGUAAUUUUUUAAAUUCUUAGUUUUUAUAAAAAUGUCAUUGUUUUUAAAAAUGGUGCAUGGUCUAAAAUUUGAAAUAUAUAGCGUAUAUAAGAUUUAUCAAAAAUUUGAAUUUAGCUCUUCAUUUUUGAGAAUAUUGACGAUUUUUUAUCGUUUAUCGGAAACUUUACUAAUACAUCAUUUUUCCAUGGCAGAUGGAUAAUACUGGAUAUCUGACAGUAGUGUUUUUCUUAUGAUCAACUUUUGUAAUAACACUUGUCUUUAGUUCACCGUAGAAAGGACGAAAAGAAGAUUAUUAUCUUAUGUUAUAGCAUGAGAUGUCAUAAGAUCGAAUCUUUUUUGAAAAUAGAGUUAAGUUAAAUGAGAUAGAAAAAAAUGUUACCGUCCAAUAGGUUUUGGGACACACUAGACUGGAGAGAAAUGAAAUCACAGACAAACUUGCCAAAGUAGUACAUCCUUUUGAAAAGGAUGUACAUAUAAACUGGAAAACUGUAAACAAAAAAGAUCUGAGUAGAAAUAAUUUUUGGAGCAUUGCAAUGGAUCUUUGUGCACAUUCUCUCAAAAUGCGAAAGAAUACGAAGCUACAAAGUAUUACACCUGGGGGCGUAUGAAAUAUUAACUAAAGAUGUUAAGCAGCUAUAUCUAUCUCACAUUCUUAACUUCCUAAAAGAAGUGGGAUUAAUCGAUCACCUGUGCACAUUGAAUAUCCUUCAGUGCAGUAAGCAGUGGUCUGAAUCGCAUAAGUAGCUACAAUAAUACUUAUCAAUAUUCACAAAAAUAUACUUCACUCCUGAGGAGAAUGUAAAUAAUUCACAAACUUGUUUAUAUAAAAUAUUGUUUUCAAGUUUUAGACCGUGCAGAGGUUCUAAUAAAGAUUUUUUUAUGUCAUAAAACAAAAAAUAAAAGAUUUCUGACUUGAUUGGAGACACUGUAUAAACUUGAAAUGUGAUUCAAAUAUAGUAUAAGAAAAAAUAGUUAGGUAUGUUUACAUCAUAGAUAUUUUUAUGCAUUUAGUAAAAUAUGGGUUAUCACGAACACAUGCAUUUUGAGUUGAUUUCUAUCAUCUCUAUUCAAAUAUCUUCCUCUUCAUGCACAGAAAUAGUAUAAUGUAUUUUUAGUUCUCACAACUAUAUUGGUAAAGAAGACAAAUGAAUUAUUUCAUGAAAUUCACAUUCAGUAAAUCUUUUAUCAUUUAACACUUCAACCCCGUUAUCUGCUACUCCAAAUCUCGUCUGAAAUAGAGAAUUGGGACCAAAAAAUGGAAGUAAUAAUACAUUGUUUUACCAUCUUUGCUAUUUUCUCAAAUAAUAAAGUGUAUAUAUUUAUUUAAAUUGGAAAAUAUAGUUCACGCAAUGCACGAUGAAUUACCUUUUUGGUUAUAACGUUCUCUUGUAGCAAUUUCCGAAGUAUUAAUAUUAUUUUUCUCGUUGUAAUUAUAAUAAUGGUAAUUAUAAUAAUGGAACAUUAUUAUAAUUAGUCUGAACACACUAGUUUUAGAAACGUUUCUCAAAUUAAUACGAAUAUUCAUAUUUUGUCCCUCAAAUACAUUUUUGAUCAUUUUUUUUUCUACUGGUAUUUUAAUUGUAACGUUUUCUUCACUCACUCAUAUUAGAAACAAUUCUGGUCUUUGAUUUAUAAAAUACCAAUAAUCACGCCUAAGAUUUGACCCUUCUUAUCAAUGGCGUUACUACUAAUAACGACGUUUUAGGCACAAUUCUACAACUUAUGGUAAAACAGGCGUUUAAACUAAAAUUCAAACUCUGGAUUAUACUUUAGGUUAAACCAAAAUUAAACAAUGCAGGUCAUAGUUGAACCCCAAUUUUUUUUAGCCUCGCCGAAAUAUAUCUCAGACUUUAUAUUUCCAUAUUCUACAGUGCCAUUAAGUUAAUCGACAAUGUUGAUAAUUUCUUCAUCAUCAUUAUGAAAUAUGAAGUGAACAUCUUCAGUCAUGUUAGCAAAACCAAAAUCAUUUAAUCAAGGUAUGGACGGUAAAGAGAAGAAGAAGUAUCUCUUAUCGGAGAAAACUAGAAAAUUUCUACUGUAUUACAUCUAUAACAGCUCAAAAACUCGCGGUAGUGUAUAAAAAGGGGUUUGAUAUGUAUGUAGCAAUUGUAGAUGAAUGUUUUGAUAAGUUGACUAAAAUGAAAUAAAAUAAUUAUGAGAAAACAUGCACAAAGAAUAAUUUUAUUAAUUAGCGAAUUGGAAUUCUCAAUGUCAUAUUAGACUUAAGUUCAAACUACCCAGAGCCCGCUGGUAAUUUUAAAACAAAGUUUGUCGGUAAACGCCAUCUAUAAAACGCAAAAAGGCCAAAAUCUGACGUUUAAAUUGACGUUUACAAGGCUUAAACGUUACUUGUAAAAUUUCAACUCAAUCCGAGACGAUCUGUAUUCCAUUCUGCUUUGAACUCUCAAUUGCUUCCUAGAAAUAACACUUCAAAAAACUUCCAGACUGGUGCUGGUGAUAAAAUGGUUUUGAUAUGUAUGUAGUAAUUGUAGAUAAAUGUUAUGCCAAGUUGAAAAAUAUAACCUAAAAGAAUGAUGAGAAAACUUGCACCAAGAAUGAUUUAUUUCAUAUUUUCUCAUUAAUAAUAAAUAAUUGGAGCUUUCUUUCAAAUUUACCCUUAUAUAACGCAUUUCGAUAGGCACUUUUCAUUUACACCGAUUAAAACCGAAAACAAUAAAAAUUUGAAAUAACUAAUAUGAUAUUUUCAGUGUCUAGACUAAAGUUUAAAUUACCCCCAGAACGUUGGUAACGUUUAAAGCGAAAUUUUUCGAUAAACGCCAUCAAUAAAGUGUAAAAAAGUCGUUAGGGCUUAAACGUCACUUAUAAAAUUGCCCUUUAAUCACUGACGACAGUGUUGAUUUAUCUGUAUUCCAUAGUGCUCUGAACUCUUAAUUGCUUCUAAGAUAUAUAAAAAUUUUAAAAAAAGACCUGUUAACUUGUGGAAAAUAGAAAAGAAUUUUUUUGUAAAUUUGUUAUAAAUCAAAGUGAUUUUGUAACAACCUACUAAUUUGGUUUCCUAAUAUAACUGCUUCCGUACGUAUUAAAAAAUCCAUUAUAUAAAAAACUUUUCAUGUCUUCUUUACUGAAUCUUACUCAUAAACAAAUUAUAUAUUUACACAUUAAUAUGUCUUAAUAAUACUUAUCUAAAAUCGAGCCUUAUAUACUUAUCCAUUCGUAUUUCUUACAAAAAAAUCUUCGCUUUUACUAAUAAUGGUGAAAAACUAUAUCUGUUGCAUUUUCACUGUGAUAGUAGUACAGUGUAUAUCAUGUCAUCUGUGUUGUACUUAUAUUAUAAUUAAAAAAAAAUAAUUCGGCGAUAUGACAGCUUUUUCUAUAGUCGAAUACAAGUAUAUGAACAGUACUUUUUCGUUUGAAAUUAUUCGAUAUUUAAUAUAGAAAUUAAUAGUUUUCAAAAUUAUUGGAAAUUCACAAAAAUGGCCAGAAAACAUGAGCACAGCAGCGAAUUUGUGGCUUAAUUGUGAAAAAUUGUCUCAAAUAAAAAUUUUUGUAUACGUUAUCAAAUAAUAUUUUAAUUGUAUCACUUUGUAUCUAUAGUUUUUUCUGACUGAAUAUGGUGAUACUAAAUCCACUGAACGUAAGAGAAUUACUUUAAUGAAGAAUGUUGAUUUUGAGGACACAAAUAAACCGCGAUUUUUUUAAACAUUACGUAUUCUGACAGAAUUUCUCAUAUUUCCAAGUCUCUAGUACCAGUGGCGAAUUCUUCAUAAAUGCAACGCAUUCACUGCAUGAGUAAGAAUAACACGUAUUACAUUAAAAAUCUACUAUUUAUUUAUUAUCAAUAUUUUUUAUUCAUAUAGGUAAUAUGUGCCACAUAAUCCCAUAAUCGGUAUCAAAAUACGGAAAUACUAAAUUUCAAAUUACUGCAUGCAUGAGUAUAUGUGCAUUCAAUCACAACAGAUACGGCUAAUAGAUUUUUUAAUUGUACAAAUUAACGACAAGUUUCAAGAUCUAAAGAUAUUAAAUUUCUCACAACUUCUUGAACUAUCAAAAUUUGAAAAAUUUGGUAAUUGCUUUCAUGACAAUCUGCUAAACGGUCUGAAAUUAGUUUAUCCAAAGCAUUUUGAUUUUGUCUGCCUUAAGUCAGAAUUAAAUGUUCUAUAUAAAACUAAAAUCUUCAAAUCUAAUGAGAUUUCCGAGCUAGCACUAAUGUCAAUUGCAAAAAGCAUACUAUUCUCACUGAAACAAAAGAAAGAGUUUUAUAACCAUGUCAUUGCUAAGUUUUGUGAAAAAAACUAAAAGAGUGGAUUUUAAUUUUAAAUAAAUAAUAUUUUGAUAGAGAGGGCUGUUUGUUUUUAACAAUUUUGAACGAUUUUUAGGCGAAAAUUGCACCCCCUGUCGAAAUAAAAGUCCGCCUCCUGCGGACUCGCGCUUUUCUAUAUUAUUAUUACCCCUUAGUGCGUGCCUAAAGCAAAAAUCCACGCAACGCCACUGUAUCGUACAUCGACUUUUAAGGAUACAGUGGAAACUCGAUUAACCGGACUAAUUGUUGUCGUUAGGGAUUCGGAUAAUCGAAAGUCCGGAUAAUCGAAUAUAUGGAGGAAAACGGGUUUUGUGGAAUAAAAUAAGUUUAAUAAUAGUAAUAUUCAUUAAUAAAUAAUAAUAUAAUCAAUCAAAAGUAAUAAUAAUUUAAUAAGUUUAAGUUGGCUUAAAAUAUUUGGUAAUUGGCAUUUGACGUAAGCGACUUAUUCUCUUCAUUGCUGCUAUAUCACAAUUUCGUUUGAGCUGUAGUAAACUAUCAGUAUCACUCUCUGUUUGUUCUACAUCAUUUUCCACGUCUAGAUUUUCUCCUAUUUCAUCUUCUUGUAUUUCCUGCUGUUCAUCGAUCUGCAAUAUGUUUUCUACGAUUUCGGCAUCCGACAAAAUCUGAAAUCCUUGAUCAUUAUUGUCACAAGUAACCCACUGUUUGAUAUCUUAUAUUUUGUAACUUAUCUCAAUACUACUAAAUUAUUUAAUUGGUCGCAGUUGAUAGCCCGGAUAAUCGCGAAUCCGUAUAACUGAGGGCCGGAUAAUAGAAUUUCUACUGUAUUUCGGUUGAUAGUCCGGAUAAUCGCGAAUCCGUAUAACUGAGGGCCGGAUAAUCGAAUUUCUACUGUAUUUCGGUUGAUAGUCCGGAUAAUCGCGAAUCCGUAUAACUGAGGGCCGGAUAAUCGAAUUUCUACUCUAUUUCGGUUGAUAGUCCGGAUAAUCGCGAAUCCGUAUAACUGAGGGCCGGAUAAUCGAAUUUCUACUGUAUUUCGGUUGAUAGCCCGGAUAAUCGCGAAUCCGUAUAACUGAGGGCCGGAUAAUCGAAUUUCUACUCUAUUUCGGUUGAUAGUCCGGAUAAUCGCGAAUCCGUAUAACUGAGGGCCGGAUAAUAGAAUUUCUACUGUAUUUCGGUUGAUAGUCCGGAUAAUCGCGAAUCCGUAUAACUGAGGGCCGGAUAAUCGAAUUUCUACUGUAUUUCGUCCAACUGACAGUAUAAAAAAGAAGGUCAUAUAUAAUAAUCUGAUGGUUUUGUGUGAAAUAGUUUGGUUAGGUUAGUUAAAAUAAUAAUUGGACAAAUUCAGGAUUCAUUCCUAACCGUAUAUUUACAGUUUUAAAAAAAUUUGGUUUCAAAACUAUAUUGCUUCACUCCAUUAUGCUGCUAGAAUUAUAGAAUACGUGACAACUGUAUUUCCGCAGAUAUGGGUUGGACGAGAUGGUUAUAUUGUGUAGCCGUAAAGAUCACUAGACCUAUUUCCACUGUAAUUUUUUCUCUAAAGCUAUUUGAAUUCAAUUUAGAUUGAAGAUUUGCCCCAAAAUCUCUAGUAAUCAGAAUCAAGAUACAAAAUAUAGCGCGUGAAAUAUUUCAAAAUUCGUUAAGGUCAUUUGUUGACAGAUUAGGAUACUGUGUGGCAGCUGAAGGUUUUCACUUUGAACAAACAUUGUAAAUAAAUGUCGAAUUUUCUCUCGUUUAUUAUAAGUUUUGUAUUAAGUAUUCCAUUUUACUAAAUCUACAUACACAAAAAUAUUCGAAAAAAUUCAUUUUUAUGCAGUUUUUCAUAAAAGUUAUAAUUGAUCCACAAAUUCGUUGCUCCGUCCAUUAUGCCUGACCCUGUUUAACGAAUUAAUUUAUUGAUGGAUUUGACUUUUCUUUUAUUAUAAAUUAUGUAAAUAUUGUAUAAAAAAUUUAUGUAUGGAAAAGUACUGUUCUCUGAUUCAUAGUUCCUGUCACCAAUUUUAUUGUAUAAUCUUGAAAAUGUAUUCACAUUGUAAUAUUUUUCAUACUUGUCCCAUUGAUUUAAGACAAUACUUUUCUUUUUAGAAUAGUCUACAUUAUAGCUUAUCCCAUGGGUAUGUUUGAUAAAUAAAGUGGUACAUUAAUCAUUUGGUUGGAACUACCAUGUCCUUUUCACCUAUUACAUAUUAUAAUAAGAUCUGACCUAGCCUAACUCAUUUGUUAAAUGUCAAGAUGAACAUACGGGAUCACACCCAGUCAGCUCAAGGGUACCACAAGGAACUAUACUUGGACCUAUACUCGAUCUAAUUUAUACUUUUGUUACGCAAGCCGAGAGAAAAACAGAAAUAGCAACUUAAAUAAGUCAUAACACUAAAAUCCUCCAAAGGUUUCAGAAUAAAGCUCUUAGAAGUAUUGUACUAUGUUACGUACCCAAUUCCAUCAUUGAAAGAUGACUUGAUGUCCUAUUAAGUCAAAUUGUUCUUUAAAAUCCUAAAUAUUCGUUCUAGUACAAAGUAACAGUUUAUUCUUCAUAUCCUCGCAUCUAAAAACCAAUUUUUCUCCUUAACUAUUUUAAUAUCCACUACUCAAAUACACCAAUGGGAUCACGUAGCUAAAUGUCUAACUCGACAUAAUGUAAAUUUGAAAAAUUCUUCAAAACUCUACUGUAACAUUUCUGAAAGACGCUGUAGGUAAAAAAUGUUUUUUUAAUAUUAUUUUACUCUAAAAUGAACUAUUGUUGAUGUAGUUGUUAUUAAUUUUAUUGAAAGUGGAAGAAUCUGGUGGAGAAACUACACUUUGAUAUUAUGUUCCUUUAUUUCAUAUAUUUUCUGAAGACGAAAAGUGUAAAACAACCUACAACCAUCAAAUAAUUCCGAUUAAGGCCUGUUUGUCCCACCAAAACGUUUUGUAAUGGUACCACCAACGUAAUCUAAGAAUGGACAAUAGUUACAUUGUGAUUUGUCACGUAACAACUAUGGAGUGGAAAUUUCCUUUCUUCUUUACUAAUUGUCGAGCUACAUUUUCUAGUCAAAUAAUCUGGCCAGUCACUUAACUUUUAAAUUUGUAAUUCAACCGUUAGUUUGUUUUCUAUUUUAAGAUCCAAAAAUAAUUCUUUCAAAGCUAUACAAAAUAUAUUCUCAGCUUUUCAGUCACUUCCGAGUUUAUAAAUAAAUAAUAUCAUGGACAUUCAUUUUCGUUAUCUUUUUAUAUGGUAGUAAGUAUUAAAAAGCUACUUUUAUACCAUCUAUGACCUAAUUGAAUGGACUAUCUACCAUUUUGUGCUACCUAUCUUUUUUCCACGACAUAUUUAUAUACAUAAUUGAACAUAAAAAUAAAAUGCUCAGCUCAAACAAAUAUUGAUCAAAAAGUUCUCGUUCUAGUAAAAAAAAACCUGUUUUUUAGACAAAUAUUCAUAGUUUUAUGUGAGAUACAAACAGUUUGAGGGUUUUAUAUAAUUUAUAUUCAAAAUGUACUUCUGUUCUAGCUAUUAUUUCUUCAUAUGAUCAAUUUUUUUCCUGUAGCAUUGUUUUACUCUAAAAACAACCAAUCGUCACCAUAAACAUGACCUUAUUAAUAUUGCAAUUGGAAGUUUAAAAUUUGGAAACUGUCAUUCGAAAAUGUAAAAUCUCCACCAAAUUCAAUAAAAGAAAAUUAAGUGUGUGUUUAUUUGGAAACUUUUUGUAAAUAUCGUGUUGAAAUGGGGCCAGCCUUCAUUUUGUUAGUAAACCCCUUGUAAAAUAUAUUAACUAUGUUAUUAUUAUAUCAUUAAAGUUGAAUAUUCAUUCAUUUGUUUGCUAAAACUUCAGAAUGUACAUAUCAUAUAUUCAGUUUUCAGGUCAUGUAACUAAUAUUUAUAUCCUAGUCGCAAAAGCUGAGAAUCACCCCACUUUUUGAGUACUCCCUCUACAGAAAAAUAUAGAAAGCAAUACAUGUGCUAUCUAUAUUGUGUUAAGCGAUACAACAAAAAUGUUUUCAAGCCAGUAUUUCAUUUUGUCAUAAUUUACAUGCUUUAAAAAUCUGAAGCAGUUCUAGUCCAAUUUACAUCAUGAUUUUAAAAUGUUAUACCCUGCAUCCAAACAAAACGUAAGUCGUUUAGAGGAGAAUAUAGAUAUUUUUAGUACUUACAUUGUUUUCAAGGUGUAUAUGUAUUUAAGUUGAAACUUUGUUUCAAAAUAAACUCAAGAUUAUACCAGAUUAGUUGUUUGGGUAUGAUGUCAUCGAUUAACCUCUUAACGUAUAGUUUAACUGAAAAAACUGGUCCAAAAAAUCAAUUGGCCUGUUUAGCGCGCUCGAAAUAACUCGAGCAUAAAAGUUAAGAAUUUACAGUUUUAUCAUGCUAGCGGUUUGCGAGCGCUUGCGAGGCAAAUCGGGCGCGCAACGAAUGCGUCGCGAACAUGCCGCGCUUACGCUGCGAGGACAUGAGUAUGAUAAAGCCCUUCAUGUGUGUCUGACUCCCAGUAUAUCUCUUUUUCUGUUAUCUCCUUUCCGUUUUGUGUUAUUUUCAUCUUGAAGUACUUGUGUUCCUCGCAGUGUUUUAUUUGUCCCCGAACUUUUCACUUCUCAUUAAUGUGUGGUUUUCUAUCCUGAUUUCUCGAAAUACUUUUUAUAUGUACUACACUGUGAAAAAAUUUGUGUUCAACUCAACGACGUAGCUAAAAAUUUUGAGCCCUUGUGCAGAGAUCCUCUGUGGCCCCCUCUGUAAGUGUCAAAGUAUAAUCUAAUUAUUGUUUUAAAAAUACCAAAAGAUUCUUCUAGGAAAAAUUAUUGAAAUAAAAUAAAAAUUACGUUUCAAACCUCUUUAUAAACUUGAAUUGCAAACAAAUAGGAACAAAUAAUAUCACUUUUUAAAAAUGACAAAAAUAUAUAAACUAAAAAAGUGUCCUCUUAGCCUUUGAGUUCGUAAAACUAUUUUUGAUGUCCUUUAAAUCUAGUGACUAUGUAAGUUUAUGUUCAAUGGCAAUCAGCGACAGGCUGCAAAGUCGUUCUUUACCUGUAUUUGCCCUUAAAUAAUGUUUUAUUAUCUUCAACUUACUAAACGUUCUUUUAAUAUUAACCACCAUUACUGGUAAGGUAAAAAAUAGAAGAAAUACCGUAUAGACUUCUACAAAAUCGCUUUCCAUAAAUCCAUACUUGUCCAUUGGCAAACCAACAUUUUUUCGUAAUUUCGGGCUUAAUCAAGUUUGCCAUUUGUACAAACUGGUUUGUAAAACAAACCGAGAUAAUAUUCGGGUAUUUCAGACAAAGUCUGUUACAUUUUUCUUUUAGUUCUUCAUUCCAACAAAAACUUUGGUUCUAAAAAAUUAAAAUUAUUCUGCAAUGUACGCAUUGUUGUUGAAUUAUGCAGUCAAUUACAAAAUUGAAUGAGUUGAUUUUAAACGCUCUUCCCUAGUUUCGAAGUUUUCAACUUUCAACUGUAUCAUAGCAUUCACAGAAUGAUGGUCAAAACGGUUUUUUCUAUUUGACUUUCAAUAUUCAAUAAUUAUAAGAUGAAAAUAAAGAUUAUUUUUGUAUUUUGAUAUUCUAAUUUUUUACAACUUCACUCAAAGUUACAUAGUCUGAAAACAUAUCACUAUUUCUUGCUAUUAUCAUUAAAACUGUACAAAAUGAUAACUAUCCAUUAGCUACUGAUAUAAAAGAAAUUUUUAUUUUAAUAAGCGAUUACUAGAUUUUUUAUUAUUAAAAAACAUUGAUUGGAAUUUUUUGUGAUAAGCUUAUCAUUAUUGUAAGAAAAUAAAUAUAUAUGUAAGUGCAUUGAAAUCUGUUUAACUAAAAUCGCCAUCUCUCAUUUUAUAUAGAAUAUAUUGGAAGAAAGUUAAAUUUCAUAUAAUAGUAUUGAAAAUUGGUAUGGACAGACGACAAAACAGAUGACAGCCUUUUAAGAGCUUCAAAUGAUAAAGUUCUCUGCUAUUUUCUAUUUUUAAUCAUUACUGAUUUUGCUUUGUGCAUCAAACUUUUCAACAAUUUUUUAUACUUACUCCUUAACUUCGUAUCCAAUUCCACGUCCAUUUAACAUUAUCACAUUUAAUCAUUUUCCUCUCCUUUUUUUUCAUAAAAGCAGAUUCUUCGAUUUCAAAAUUAACUUAAUCCAUAUUAUAUAAAUAUGUUACUCAACAAUAAAAAUAAAAUGAACGAUUCUGAAUGAACAGAGUUCAAAACCAUUUUUCUAUUUUCUAUAUAAGGUAAUGAAGUUUAUUAACAACAAUUUUCGUUUGUUUAUUAGUAUUAAUACCGCGUUUAAAUGUUUACUUAAAUGGUGCUAUAACUGUUUUUGUAAUUAUAAUAUAAACACCCAGUAUACAGACAUUUUUUGUGAGAAACUUUCUAUGUAACGAUCGACUUUUUCAUAUGUAUAUUUAAAUGAAUUUCAUGGAUGUAUCAAUUCAUCUUUUAAAUGUAACUUCCCUUCAGUAUAAUGCAAACAAAAUACAAAAAAAUUCGAUGUUAAUAAAUUCCCUUUUACUUUUUUAAUAUCAAAUGAUGUAAAAUAUUCAUCAAUAUGUGAAUAUUAAUUUUAGUGCUCUCUUCUAAGAUCUAAUAUUACAAAGUAUGAACUGUUAUCUGUUAAACUGUAAAUUGUAGAUUACUGGAUGCCUUUGGGAACUGACGAAUAAUAAAAAUUGACCAAAGAAAA